AUGGCCGCCAACAACCCGCGCCCGGGACAAGCUCCAACAGACGAUGUAAACAUGACCGAUGCUCAGUCCGAUCAACCAACUCAACAAAACCAACAACAUCUAACAGCUCACCACCACAUUCCCGACCGGCCGCCUCACCCCGUCUCCCCCGUCCCAAUUCCCCAGAUCCCCGGCCGUCCAAGUCCCACAGGCGCAGCCCACCCGACCGCAAACCAAGGACCCAGCGCGAUCCGCAGCAUCGCUGCCCCUACCAAGAACUGCUCAGCGACAAUCGAAGACCAACAGUCACAAGCACAACCACUACCACCGUAUCAUCAACAGCGGGCCGGUUCAUCACGAGCUGCCUCUGCGCACCCCCAGGAUUCUGGUCAGGGUCAGGGUCAGCCGCAACAGGGAUUAGGCUCAGCAGGCAUGAGCAUGGCAGGCAUGCCCACGGAACCGACGCUUCACGGGGCGCCGGUGAGGCAGUACUUGAAUACGAAGGUGACGGGACAUUUGUUGGAGGGGAUGAAGAUGUUGGCCAAGGAGCAACCAAAAGAUCCCCUCCGAGCUCUAGGCGAAUUCCUCCUGCAGCGAUCGAAACAGUACGAAGGAAGUGGUGGCGGCGGUGGUGGUGCGAAUGGAAGUUCGACUACAAGCGCAUAG